AUGUUACAAAACAAGUGCGAAAAAGAUAAUAAUGCAACCGAGGACUCUCUAGGUGAGUCCGACCAGGAUGAUAACGCCACCCUUUUUGGAUCAAAUGGAGACGCUCAAGCUCCUGCAGUAGCAAAUUUUAACGUAAGGCAAGGCACGCUUGAUGGUCAGACCCUUGUAAAUGGUGAGCAAGGAAUUAGGACUGAGAAUAAUAUCUCAGUAUUGAACGGAAACUCUGCGCAAGCAACGGAUUUGGCGAGGUCUCAAUUAUCGCAACUACAAUACAACGAGAAUAGGAUAUCGUUAGACCGCUCUAUCAAUACUGCAUCAAGUAUUUUGAGUAACCUACAAAGAGAGAAUAGCGAGCGUCCCAUAUACUACCCAACCAAUAUACAGGAUGAGACGUUAGACUCUAAGUUGAACUCAAAAAGCUCUAAGCUUGCUCUCAUCAGACAUAACUCAGUGGGGAACUCUCAGCAUUUAUUGACGGAGCCUAGAGGCUCUUCGGAAACGUCCAAUUUCGAGCUAUUGAAAAUCAAUCUAAAAAUAGGACCAGGCUCCGAAAACUUACUUCAAACUCUGGACAAAGCUGCACUCUCUCAGCUUUUGAACGAGAAGUUCUCGCAUAUAAAAAGACAUUUGAGAUCUUUAAGAGACAGAAUUGAUGACACUUCCUCGAAGGUUCUGGUAACCGGGGAUUUGAACUCUGGAAAGUCUGCAUUUUGUAAUGCUCUUUUGAGAAGGAAAGUGAUGCCCGAGGACCAACAGCCAUGCACAAAUGUAUUUUGUGAAAUAAUCGAUGCACGCGAUAACAACAACGGCAUCGAAGAAGUUCACGCGGUUCCUAUUGGAUCCGUGUAUCUGAAGAACGAUGAGCGAACAUAUAAAAUAUUUCCUCUAGAAGAGCUAGAACAUCUGGUUUAUCAAAGUGAACACUACUCGCUUCUGAUAGUGUAUGUGACAGAUAACCGGCCUUCGAAUCAGUCGCUUCUCAAAAAUGGAGUCAUUGAUAUCAAGCUCAUAGAUGCACCAGGGCUCAAUUUGGAUUCAUAUCAUACUACGCAAGUAUUUUCCAGGCAAGAGGAAAUUGACUUGGUUGUUUUUGUGGUCAAUGCCGAAAACCACUUCACGCUGUCUGGCAGAGAAUUCAUCUCAAGUGCAACGAAUGACAAAAACCUAAUUUUCAUCGUUGUCAACAAGUUUGACAACAUCAGAGACCAAGACAAGUGCAAACGCAAGGUGAUGGACCAGGUUCACAGUUUGUCUCCAGAAACAUAUAAAAAUUCAAGUAAUUUCGUGCAUUUCGUUUCCUCCAAGGAAAUGAUCAAUCAGAAUCCUGGUGGCGACGGCCCAGACGGUAAUCCUGAUGAAGGUGAUGGCCCUCGUUCUCCCGAUUUUGACCAUCUGGAAGCCUCCUUACGGAAGUUCCUUGUCGAAAAAAGAUCUCUGUCUAAGCUUCUUCCUGCGAAGAACUACCUCGUUAAGCUAUAUUCUGAUCUCAUUGAAUUAUCUCAGAUCAACGAAAAGCUAUACAAUGAAAGCAUGGUAGAGGCAGAGAAUGAGCUAAAGAAACUCGGACCUCAAUACGAUGAUAUUCUUCAGUCGUCAGCUAAAACAAACGAAAAGAUAUCAAGGCUAAUCGAGUCUGUGUCUUCUGAAGUUUACGCAAAUUCGCGCGAUCAAAUCAAUCGAAUCAUCAACGAAGUGGAUCAUUUGAGCCUUGGCAUCAGGUUUGAAGGAUAUUCCAAUAUCACUGAAUUUGCUCGACAGGUUCAGGAAAGAAUCAUAGGGAAGAUACUGGAGGUCGUUAGCUCUGUUGAGGAACAUGCUCGUCACGAGACCAGUUCUGCUAUCGAUGAAAUCAAAAGGCUAGGAGUCCAGGUCCUUGGAGAAGGCAGUCUACCUAACACGAAAUUUAUCCCAAGUUCGAUGUACUCGAAGAAAAGAGACAACUUGCAGCGGCAUAUUGAGAAUGAAGUUUCCUUGUUUGAUUUUGUUGACCCAAAUUUCGAAAGUUUUUGCAAGAUCUGUGGUAUCACUAUUCCUGAUUCUAGAACGAACCUACUGAUAGGUCUGACUGCCAAUAAACUCUGGGCGGGUGGCUUAUCGAGUAUGGCUAUUUUAUAUGGACCUCGGGUUAUCUCGACUGUCACGGGAAUUGCUUCCAUAUCCAGCUACAUCCCACGAUUCGUCGUUACCAAGGUCGUCCCAGGCACCUUAAUCGGUGUAGCAAUUGGACUGCCGCUUUACUAUCUCUAUAAAGAUGCUCCUCACGCGUACCAAAGAAACGUUGUGAAGAAAAUUAAAAAGAAAAUCGAGCAUGAAGAUUACCAACAUUUGAACUCGCUGCGUAUAUCGAAGGAGGUGCGCAAAGUCUUGAACUAUCCUGCAAAAGACAUCUCAAACGCGUUUGCAACUACAAUUGAGAAGCAGUCGUCAAGACGUUCGAAAAUCUUGAGCGAUCUGAAAACCAGUGAGAUCAGUUUAUCUUUCUAUCGGGAAUUGACGAAGCAGGUAAAAGAACAAUAUCAAAUUGUGCAGUCUUUUGAUUUGGAAUCUGUUCAUACGGUUAACUAG